AUGUCGGAAGAUCAUUCUCAAACAGAAGAUACUACCCUUCAUGACACAUCAAAACCCAUAUGGGAGAGCAGGGCUACGUCUCCAAUAAUCGAGCGUAUACCAACAUCCAAGUUUAAGUUAAAAUUGAAAUAUGGAGGUUACUUUCGACUAACGAAGAAUAGUUGUAAGCAAAUAUAUUGCUUUGGCUCUCAAAAAUGUAUCCACAUAGACACAUUUGUAUACAAGUUUAGUCAACUACAUGAAGAAGUGGUAAAACGUUAUUCAUCAAAGAACAACCCGAAAAUUUCUAUUUUUUAUGUUGACAAGUAUGCACCAGAAAAAUCCCAUAUUGUGCUUGAUUCUGAUGAAAAGUUCAUGGCUAUGCUUGGCAUGUAUGGAAGCGAGAAACAAGUAACCAUUUAUGUGACAACAGAGAAUAACCUUGGCUCCAAUAAUCAUACUAACCAUUUGUGUGCUAACAGAGAUGAACCACACGAUAAGUAUGAUGCAGACCUUUGUCCUAGUGAAGAAAGCUAUCACAGUCAUCUCAGUUCUGAUAAUAAAGAUGAUAUAAUGAAUGAUGAUGAUGUAGUUUACUCAUCUAGUAAAAAUAGUAUAAGCAUGAAAGUCGGCUCAAAAUUUGAAAACAUGGUUGAUUUCAGGUGA